AUGGACGUUUUGCAGGCGCAGGACGUGUACGUGACGGUGCAGCAGGGCAGGCUGCGAGGCGCCGUGGAGACGAGCGCGCUGGGCCUGCCCUACGCCAGCUUCAGGGGCGUGCCCUAUGCGCAGCCACCCGUCGGGGAACUACGCUUCCAGGCACCGCAACCCCCGGCCAGCUGGGAGGGUGAUCGCGAUGCGUUGGAGGACCCUGACCCCUGCCCACAGGCCGCUACAGAAUAUGGCUGCCACCGAACUAACAUUUGUUGGUUGAUUUUGACUGAAACUCGUGGCAGCAGUAUGUUUGUUUUCCUCACAGGCCUCCUCCGUGGUGCCAUAAUCCACAGUGGAGAGGCGGCCAGCCCCUGGGGAAUAAUGGCCGACCCUGCGGCCAAGGCGUUCCGUCUGGCAGAGGUCCUGGGUUUUACGGCGAACAACACUCAGGAACUGCGAGACUUCCUCCUGACGGUUGAUCCACAGGAUCUCGUAUCCUACGAUGACGACAUCAUCACUCCAGAGGUAACUCCAGCAGUUUUGUACAAUAAACAUCCGUAUCGACAUCUACAAGGACUGUUAUCCAUCUCUAUGAAGGUGUCAGACAACUCCUUAAAGAACAUGAUGGACUAUAUACUCAGCCUACUAAUUCUGCUGCUGCCGCCUUUGCAGGAGGAGAUCCGCAUCCAGCACCUUGUCUGGCUCCCCGUGCUUGAACAGGACGUGGAGGGCGCCUUCGUUACCGAGUGGCCGGCCGAAAGCCUGAAGGCAGGUCGCUUCAACAAGGUCCCCGUCAUCACGGGUUUCACGUCCGGAGACGGACUCGAGCUGAUUCUACAGAAGCUGUACCUCUCUGACCCGGCAGCAGUGCAGGAGCUCAGCGACAACUUCGUGCUAGCCGUGUCUCCAAUCCUGCACCUGCCGACGGCCGAAGAACGCGAGGAGGCGGCACUCAAGAUGCGGGACUUUUACUUUGGCCACGAGAACAUCACCAUCGACGAUGCUCAAGCCAUCACCGAUAUGUGUACCGAUAUAUACUGGGGCGAGCCAGCUGACGCCACCGUGAGGGCGGCAUCCAACCAUUCCGAUGCCGGGCCUAUCUACUACCACCUGUUCGAUUACCGAGGACCGGAGCUUGGCAACGGCACGUAUGAGAUCAUCUGGGGGCCUUUCGACAACACAAAUCUUUACUAUGCGCACAUCACAGACACCGUCAAUCUGGAGCAAGCCUUGUUCAAGGAACGCAUGGAAUUCUGGCAACAGAAUAUCCCCCUCUGA